AUGCAACCUCAAGCCGAAGGCGAGGACCAACACGAAAGAGGAAGAGAAAGAGAAGCCCCAAGCACAAGGACAAGCACAAGCACCACCCCCCGACCUUCAGCCCAUCCCAACCCAGACACCACUCCCAUCUCCACCACUAGACGCCGUCCGACGCCGUUCCCUUCACACCUCCCAAGACCCAUCGUCCCUCACCCAGCAUCCAGCAGAGGAAGCAGAAGAAGGACCCUACCACCACCACGGCCCGAACAACUAGCACGACCACUUCCACGUCACCGUCUCGACUCCCCUAUUCCAUCACGGCUCCCGCAAAGAACCUCAACAUCCACCACUAUAGAACAGCCCACACCUCCACGUACACGCCUCGAACCAGUCACCACAGCCCAAUCAUACACAUACUGGCUCGGACGACUCAUGACCGUCCUCAACGCCAUACUUUACGCAGACUUAUUUGAUGCACCGGAUCCAGUGACGGGCAUUCGUCCACCAAAUGCAUUCUCGAUGACCGUGUCAAGGCAUGGGUAUUCUCAGCGGGCAGCGGCUAUUUCUGCGUUGGAUAGGGGUGUCACGGGGAGGUUUAGGAGGGCGUUCAUGAUGCUGGAGGAUGCCUGUAAGACGGAAGACGCGAAGCGGAGUUAUAGGGCGUUUGGGUUGGCGUUUGAAAAGGCCCAUGGACCCUGUGGUCAGCGUUUCAGGGAGUAGUAUCCUACUAGUCGUAGUUGGGUUGUUUAGUCCAUUAUUGGUGGAGAGGCCGUGAGGAUUAGGAGAGUUGUGUUCAUGUUGUAUUACUAGUAUAUAUGAUGCGUGGUGGUCUUGCUGUGCUUGUGCUAGGGACGGACAGAUAGUUACCAUCAUAUCACUAUUAAUAAUCCUUGUCUAUUUCAUUUAAUUAUCACACUUUCUUUUCUUCUAUUUUGAUUUUCCCAGCUAUUAUACAGUUUGUAAGACCCCACCUCACAAUCGCAUUUCUCCGAAUUGGGUGGGUUAUAUAUCAUCAGUUUCAUA